AGUAGACACACGCACGUCCAGCGCCGGUUACAGUUUCAGCUGAAAACGCCGCCAGACGGCGUCCUCUCUCGCGGAUGGGGGUUUGGCAGUUUCAACGCUGAGACCAAACUGCUCUGGGCGGUGUUAAAUGUUAUCGGUUAUUUGAGUUCUCUUGCCCACAGUCCUGCAUCAAUCGGUUGACUUCGUUAACAGUAGACGUAUUCGUCUAUAUUUUGGUUCGGUUCUGGUUCAGCCAUUAUCGUUGAACAACUGAGUUCAAUGUAAUCAGAUCGCACUUUUUUUGUUGCGCGUUGUUAUUUGCAUCGUUUCGUUAAACUUAUUGAGUUCCUUUUAGCUUUUCUUUCUGCGGGCCGGUACAGCUGAUUAGAACUCAAGUACAAGGCACUGUCUCGAUAGUCAGGGACGUACUUUCAUUUCUUUCGCUGUCAUUUAGCGGUCAAACCGGGAAUGCUCGAAAGCGGGAUUGUUUCUAUGCAUUUUCACUCCGUUCAGUUUAGUGAUAUCUCAGGUAUUCCAGUUAGCCGGUUGGUUCGAUUGGAAGCAGUUAUUGGCCGUAUCGGAUUUGUGUUUCUGUCAAGCGCUUGCGUUGCUUGUGUACCCAGUUGAGGCGGCGAUAUGGCCACGACGCAGCAAGUAGAGGAGCUUAGGAAGACUGUGGACUACCUUGUCGAUGCAUUGAAGAAAGUUGAACUAAGAAUGUCUACUCUCGAAGAGGCGUGUUCAUGUGGGACCGCGCAGAGAGCUGACGCAAAGCUCGCCACCGUACCCGCCAAAGAGAUACCAAAGGCACCCGUAAAAGAAGAUGACGAUGACAUUGAUCUUUUUGUAUCCGACGAUGAUGAAGAAGCCGAUGCGGUCCGCCAGGAAAGGCUGAAAGCGUACGCCGAGAAGAAAGCCAAGAAGCCUGCUAUUAUCGCUAAGUCAUCAAUCGUUUUAGACGUCAAGCCGUGGGAUGACGAGACUGACAUGAAGGCACUAGAGAGCUCUGUCCGAUCAGUCGCGAUGGAUGGACUUGUGUGGGGAACGUCGAAACUUGUGCCGGUCGGUUAUGGCAUUAACAAACUACAGGUCGUCUGCGUCGUGGAGGACGACAAAGUUUCUAUCGACGAACUAACAGAAAAGCUGACCGAAUUCGAGGACUACAUUCAAUCCGUCGACAUCGCCGCCUUCAACAAGAUUUAAGAAGAAAAGGCCAAAUUGUCUGUCUACGGCAAGCAACCGUAUAUAACCGUUAAUAGGACAAAUUCGACAUCCACCACUUAACUGACCACAUAAAUGCAACUUUAGCAAUCAAAAAAAAAUCAA